AUGGGUAACUUAAUGUCUAAAUUGUUUAAGAAUCGAGAAAUGAGAAUUCUCAUGCUUGGCCUCGAUAAUGCGGGCAAGACAACUAUAUUGUACAAGUUGAAGCUAGGCAAAACUUCCAAAACAGUGCCCACUGUGGGAUUCAACGUGGAGACAGUUAAGCACAAGAACGUGUCAUUUGCAGUAUGGGAUUGUGGCGGACAAGAACGUAUCCGUCCAUUAUGGAGACACUACUUCACCGGUACCAAUGCUUUAAUCUAUGUAGUGGAUUCAAGCGAUGAGCAAAGAUUGGAAGAGUCAAAACAAGAGUUGUACAGAAUUAUAACGGAUAAGGAACUAAACAACUGUCUUCUUGUCGUGUUGGCAAAUAAACAAGAUGUCGACGGUUCUAUAAAACCCAAGACCUUGAUUGAAAAAUUUGAAUUGAAUAAGUUGAGUGGCAAGCACACAUGGAGUGUCAUUCCAACAGUGGCCAUUGACGGCACUGGUUUGGUGGAGACUUUGAACUGGAUCUCAUCGCAUUCGAAGUAA